AUGUUUAAAAGGAACUCUUCUGGACGGAAGUCAGGGGGCAUUGUUGGUGUCUCCAUGACGUCUCUCAAUGGAACAGAUAACCCAGGGUACACCAGAACUGACAGCAAUGGCAGUCACUUCUCCAACGGCCACGCCCAAAAUGGUGGCAUUUCCGUUAUUUCGGACAAAGCAAGUAUGCAGAAUCUUUUCCUUACUCCAAGUUCCAAAGGAUCUAGCUCACCUCUCCCAGACCCAAGUAAUUCCGGAAUAUUCCCAACAGAUACAUCUGCAUCAAGUGGCAGCGGACCAACUCCACAAAGACAGGUAUCGGCUGUGGAAAUGAAAAAGUCAAUCAAUCUUCUCCACUGUACAGCGAUCAUGGUGGCGGUAACAGGACAUUCCUCCAUAUUUGUCUCCCCUUCAUCCAUUCUAAGUCAGACGGGAUCUGUGGGGGCUUCCUUGAUUGUGUGGCUAAUUGGUGGACUCAUCAACUUAGGUAUGGCUCUAUGUUUUGCCGAGCUAGGUACAAUGUUUCCCAAAGCUGGAGGUCCUUAUUCCUACACUAUGAAAAGCUUUGGACCUUUAAUGGGCUUUCUGAUCAUGUGGGGUUAUACAGUGCUGAUUGCAGGACCUUUCUGGGCAUUUUUGGCCUACACAGCCGCUCUAUAUAUCGUGAAGCCAGUGUUUCCGGACUGCACGCCGGAACAGAUUGACACGGCUAUCAACCUCCUGGCAGGCUGGAUCAUGGUCACAAUGGUCAUCCUCAACUGUGUCUACAUGAAAUACGUGACCAAAGUACAGACCUUACUGUCCGGAUCCAAACUCCUUGUUCUUCUGCUCAUCAUCGGAGCUGGCAUUUACAAUCUCGCUAAAGGAAAGACGGAAAAUUUUGAGGCCCCCUUCCAGACGACCACAAAGGAGCCUGGAAAGUUUGCUUUAGCUAUCUUCUACUCUAUUUUCUCCUAUGGAGGUUGGCAGGUCAUGACAACCUUACUGGAGGAGGUCAAGGACCCUGGAAGGGACCCGCCUCGUUCUGUGUACAUUUCAUUUGCAAUCGUUAUUUUGAAGUACAUCAUGACAAACGUUGCUUACAUCACACUACUGACACCUUCAGAGAUUGUAGGAUCCUCCGCAGUGGCGUCGCUCUUCAUUAACCGCUUGUACAGUCCUCUGGUUGUGGUUGUGUCGGUGUUUGUGGCUCUGACAUCCAUUGGGGCUCUCAAUGCUUCCAUCAUGGGUCACUCAAGACUGCUAUUUGCUGGGGCCAGAAACGGACAUAUGCCCCAGAUUCUUGGAAUGGUCAACGCAAAGUACCUCACACCGUGGCCGUCCAUCUUUGUUUAUCUGGCCUGGGGUCUGGUGAUGCUAUUUACUGGAGGUGUCACAGACAUGAUGGAGUUCAUCUCUCUAUUUUCCACCAUCAUGGGCAUUGUCGUCAUAGCAUCACUGCUGUACCUCCGCUGGAAGUUGCCGCACGAAAACAGGCCUUAUCAGACAAUGUUGUUUGUUCCCAUUGUGGAAAUUAUCGUCAACAUUGCAGUACUUGUUCUCGGAAUUUACCAGAAACCACAUAAGAUGGGCAUUGGGCUUGCCAUACUUUUCGCUGGAAUUCCAGUGUACUGGUUUGGUGUUUUAUGGAAAAACAAACCAAAGGAGUUUACUGACAUCGUUGCUGGCUUUUUAUCCACCAUUCUAAUGCUUACAAGAAGCGGCACGUAA